AUGGAAUACCAAUACAUUUAUCCAUUCAUUUUCGGUGAUUCUCAAUCAUCAUCCUCACCAUCAUCAAGAUCGUGUAGUAGACAAUCAACUACUACUGGAGCACAACAAUCACAUUGUCAAAGAAAGAGUCAACAAACACCAACUCCAUCGUCAUGGUCACCAAGAAUCGAGAUUGCCGAGACAGAGACUGAAUUCAUUAUCAAUGCUGAAUUGGCAGGUGUCAAAAAGGAAGAUAUCAAUUUAAAUAUUGAAAGGGAUGUUUUAACCAUCUCUGGUGACAAGAAGCAAGUUGUUUAUGAAACAUUGGAAUCCACUCCAUCUUCACCAUCAAUUCCAGUAGCCAAUAAUUCAUCAGACAAUGAUGUCGAAUUACCAACAGUCGAAGAAGAUUUUGAAGAUUUGACACCAUCAUCAAACAAAGCAUCACCAUCACCAUCAACCGAUUCCAAUAAUAAUAACAAUAAUUCAAGUAAAUCAAUUCCAGUUACCAAUAAUAAUAAUAGUGAAAAGAAAGAAUCAAAAUCAACAACACAAUACCAUCGUAGAGAGAUUAGUUAUGGAAAGUUUAGUAGAUCAUUUGAAUUGACCGAUAACCUCGAACUGGAAUUAAUCACAGCCAAACAUACUGAUGGUGUUUUACAAAUCACUGUUCCAAAGAAGAAACAACUUCCACCAAAACAUAUUAAAAUUAAUAUUCACUAA